CUGGCUCACAAUCUCCAUGGAGGCAUCGGGGCCAGAGGGCCGGGUUGGGAGGCCCCAGGGGAGGGGCUGCCUCCUGCUGGCUGUGGUUGGAGCCAUUGUACUGGGGUCCGUGGUGCUGUCUGUGCCUAUCACUGUCCUGACUGUGCUGGUCUUGGUGCCCCAGGACCAGGGAGGAGUGGUAACAGAGACUGCUGAUCCGGGGAGACAGAGCCAGCAACAACUGGAGUUCCAGAAGCUGCCGGAGGAGAAAGCGGAAACAGAUCUCAGCCCGAGGCUCCCGGCUGCCCACCUCAUAGGCUCUUGGAAGUCUGGGCAGGGGCUAGGCUGGGAGACGAAGAAAGAAGAGGCGUUUCUGAGAAGCGGCACUCAGUUCUCUGGCGCCGAGGGACUGGCCCUUCCGCAGGACGGCCUCUAUUACCUGUACUGUUACGUCGGCUACCGGGGCCGAGCGCCCCCUGCCGGCCGGGGCCCCCUCGGCCGCUCGGUCACGCUGCGCAGCUCACUGUACCGGGCGGGGGGCGCCUACGGGCCAGGGAUUCCCCAGCUGCUGCUCGAGGGUGCCGAGACGGUGACAUCGGUUUUGGACCCGGCCAGGAGGCACGAAUACGGACCCCUUUGGUUCACGAGCGUAGGGUUCGGCGGCCUGGUGCAGCUCCGGAGGGGCGAGAGGGUGUACGUUAACAUCAGUCACCCCGAUUUGGUGGACUACAGAAGAGGGAAGACUUUCUUUGGGGCUGUGAUGGUGGGGUGAGGGCCGCCUGCGUCCCAGGAAGCACGAAUGCAUGGUACUACUGCGUGAACUGGCCCAAAUAUUGGGGACCCAGAUACCCAGGAGCCCAUGGCAGUGGGAAAAAUGUAGGAAACAGUUUGGAAACUGAUUUUGAGCCUAAUGAAAAUAAACAGUGUAAAGCUUUA